UCAAAAGCAAAAGCAAAAGGUGCAGGAUACAUAUCUUGUAAAGAAUUGUAUUUAAAAAUAAGUGCGAAAAAAGCUGCAGGAAGUCAUCACAAAAUGGCAAUACUAUCCCAGUAUCCCCAGCUUAUCUCACAUGCAUGAAUGACGGGGGCAAAGAAGUCACGGCAAGAUUUGGAUAUGUCGAUAUCGUCGGUACCAGUUUCGAGUGCGCACCUGCAGCAAGCCAAGGCUUCGCUAUCGCUGGUGAACCCAUUGGCUUUGACCGAUGAUCAGAUCCUCGAGAGAGUUUACAUAACUCACGUCCACACCGCUCAAAGGUAUGAUGUGGAUUCCAUUUUCAACGUCACUUCAAGCAUUAUCAAGCGUUCCACGGUUGCCGCUGACACUGGUGUUGUUAAUAAGGCUGGUAAUCUGAUAGAGGACAAUAUUACCGUGUCAACUUUCAAUCCACCGUUCCAAAAGCUGAAGCGUAUUGUUUCUAAGAUGAUGAACACACCUCAUGGAGAGCAUUACGCACACGAAACAACGAUGUGGAUACUUGAAGAGCUGAAAUCCUACAGCUGGGAUGGAAAAGCGGUGUUAACACUAGCCGCAUUUUCGAUGGAAUAUGGGAACUUUUGGCACCUUGCGCAGGUUCCAACCGGGGACCAGCUCGGAAGGUCAUUGGCUCAGAUGAACAAAGUUCAUAGCAUCGAGAGGAACAGACAAGCCCGAGCCGACUAUAACAUUUUGGUCAAGAGCGUAUUGUUAGCCGUUGAGUGUAUCACUGAGUUGGAGAGGCUCUCUACCAAAGGUUAUGACUCAAAGGAUGUGCCCGCCUUGUCCGAUGCCUUGCAAGAAAUCCCUGUGGUUGUCUACUGGACAAUCAUCACCAUUGUAUCUUGUACUAAUCAUAUUGAUUUUCUCAUGGGUGAUUCGGAAGAUGGAAUUGAAAUAUCGAAUUUCGGUAACAAGCUUUCCUCCAUUCUCAGCAAAUUAAAGGCGCAUCUGACAAGAAGCAGAAAAGAAAUAGGUGAACUAGAAGAUUACUGGAGGCGUAAGAGGGUCCUUCAAACACCAACAGAAAUUGUAGAGGUUUUGAAGGUUCUGAUCUUCCACAAUGAAAUUCAGGACCCCCAAGUGUACGAGGGCUUGAAAAGGGUUAGCAUCGAAGUGUUUAGGCAGAAGCAUGUGUUAUUGUUCAUUUCAGGCCUAGACAGCAUCAGAGAUGAGAUUCGGCUUCUACAAUCUAUAUAUGUUGGAUUGCAAGAAGAUCCUAAAGAUGUCAAGGGAUACAGGAAAGAGGAUUUUAAGAUAUUGUGGGUUCCCGUGGUGGAUGAUUGGAACCGUCUUCGCCAGGCAGAGUUUGAGAACUUGAAACUUGACAUGCAAUGGUACGUGGUUGAGUACUUCCUGCCCUUGGCGGGAAUCAAACUGAUAAGAGAGGACUUGAACUACAAGAAUAAGCCUAUCAUCCCUGUGUUGAACCCUCAAGGCAGGGUUGUCAACUACAAUGCAAUGCACAUGAUCUUUGUGUGGGGCAUCGAUGCCUUCCCUUUCAGGCCCUCCGAUGAUGAGCUACUUACACAGAAAUGGAACUGGUUCUGGGCCGAGAUGAAGAAAGUGCAUCCAAGAUUACAAGACCUUAUUAAAGGGGACAGUUUCAUCUUCAUCUACGGAGGUGCCGACGGUAACAGCAAGUGGAUGCAAGACUUAACAGUGGCAGUAGAGAAAAUGAAAAUGCAUGAGGUUAUCAAGAAGGCAGAUGCCAUAAUAGAGUAUUAUCCAUUUGGAAAAGAAGAUCCUCGGAUUGUUCCCCGCUUCUGGAUUGGGAUUGAGAACCUGUUCGCGAGCAAGAUUCUGAAGAAGCGCAGAGAUCCCACCGCUGAGGAGAUAAAGAGCUUGCUCUGCCUUAAACAGGACCAGCUGGGAUGGGUUCUACUAAGCAAAGGCUCAAAUGUGAAGUUGCUAGGUCCCGGGGAACCCAUGCUUGCCACUGCCGCCGAGUUUGAGAUAUGGAAAGACAAAGUGCUGCAGAAAGCAGGGUUUGACGUGGCUUUCAGAGAAUACUACGAGAACAAGCUUCGGGAUUCACCUGCCCAAUGCGCUCACAUGCAAUUGGCUAAUUAUCCUGCCGAUAUUCUUGAUCCCAUAAACUGUCCAGACCCUAUGUGUGGACGAACCAUGGAGAUAGAAUCUGUUCGGUACAAGUGCUGCCAUGGUCAUUCUCAUAAAGCCGAACCUACAGAGAGUGGUGAUGUGAUGAUUGAGAAGAAGUACACUUCCUGAUUAAUUCCACUACUAAAUUACUGGUUUGUGGAGGAAUUCUAUAGUUAAUUUGGUAUUUGUUUGUCCAAUAUAUUCUCCCCUAAUUUACUUGUUUUUCUUUUUAUGCCUUUUUCUUUUUAUUUUCGUGUGUUUGCUCUGCAGUUGUGCUCUAGGUGCCCAUCAAUAAUGUGUUUCGAAUAUGUUUUCCUUGUAGAUUGACUUAAAAUAUGUUUGUUACUU